CGGCGCAUCUUCGUCCAGAUAGUGGAAGGCCUUCCUGCCGUCGUUAUCUCUUUCAUUUACAUUGGCUCCAUAGCUUUCCACCAGCAGCACCAUCACCUCAGUGUGGCCGUGUAUUGCUGCAAUGUGUAAAGAAUGAAGAAAAGCGAACCCUUGAGCUCGGAGGUCAUGUUGGGUUCGACAGUCUUCCAGACCAGUUGGUCAGUAAAUCAGUUGCACAGGGAUUCUGCUUCAACAUCCUCUGUGUAGGCGAGACCGGGAUUGGCAAGUCGACAUUAAUGAACACUCUUUUCAAUACGACAUUUGAAAAUGAGGAAGUCAGCCACUAUGAGAGCAAGGUACAGCUGCGCCCUCAAACAUAUGAUCUGCAGGAGAGCAACGUCAACCUCAAGCUGACCGUCGUGCACACUGUAGGGUUUGGAGACCAGAUCAACAAAGAAGAAAGCUAUAAACCCAUUCUUGAGUAUAUCGAUGCCCAGUUUGAGAAGUACCUUGAAGAGGAGUUAAAAAUCAAACGCUCCUUGUUCAACUGUCACGACACAAGAAUCCACAUCUGCCUGUAUUUCAUCGCUCCCACCGGACACUCCCUGAAGUCUCUGGAUCUCGUCACAAUGAAGAAACUGGACAGCAAAGUGAACAUCAUCCCUGUUAUUGCAAAAGCAGACACGGUAUCCAAGAGUGAACUGGACAAGUUAAAGAUCAAGAUAAUGAGUGAGCUGGUCAGCAAUGGAGUGCAGAUUUAUCAGUUUCCUACAGAGGAUGAAGCUGUUGCAGAGAUCAACUCCUCCAUGAAUACCCAUCUUCCCUUUGCUGUGGUUGGAAGUGUAGAAGACGUUAAAGUUGGAAAUAAGAUGGUGAAAGCAAGGAUUUACCCCUGGGGAUCAGUACAAGUGGAGAAUGAAAACCAUUGUGAUUUUGUGAAGCUGAGGGAGAUGUUACUGCGCGUGAACAUGGAGGAUCUCCGAGAGCAAACACACGCUCGACACUAUGAGCUUUACCGUCGCUGCAAGCUGGAAGAGAUGGGCUUCAAGGACACCGACCCGGACAGCCAGUCGUUCAGUCUUCAGGAGACAUACGAAGCCAAGAGGAGAGAGUUCCUCAUGGAUCUGCAGCGCAAAGAAGAAGAAAUGAGACAGAUGUUUGUGAACAAAGUGAAGGAGACAGAGGCCGAGCUGAAAGAGAAGGAGAAAGAGCUCCAUGAUAGGUUUGAGCAGCUCAAGCGGAUGCAUCAGGAUGAGAAGAAAAAUCUGGAGGAGAAAAGACGAGAGCUGGAGGAGGAGAUGAAUUCCUUCAAUAGAAGAAAGGUUGCAGCUGAGACACUGAUGGGACAGGCUCUCCAAGGCUGCUCGCAACCAUUCAAGAAGGACAAGGACAAGAAGAACUUCUUUAGUCUUCCAUCUGCGUGCUCCUUAACCUCAGGAAGGAAUUUGAAUUAGAAGACUUUCUACCACGUCAAAAGAUCACAGACUAACAAUCAAGUGUAUUAUUUUUACAAUGUGAAUUUUCUAGAAAUGCACUUAACAUCUCUGGAAGUGAGUCGGCCUGAAGUCUUCCAUGUCUACUAAACUCCUUUAAGCUUUUAAGCAGCGCUCUGUAGCAUGGUCUCUGCAUGGCUCCUAACCCUCAUUCAGAAUAGUAGUAAAAGAUCUUCAUUGCCAAAACCUCAGUUUUUGUACUAAAUGUGCUAAGUCUUCUUUCAUCUGUCAUGUUAUGCUUGUAGUUUUUGACUGAUGACAAUUUACACUGUGAAAUAUAUAUUAUAAAGUGACAUGAUAUUGCUGUUAAAUGUUGUACGCAUUGUACAUUAUGAUUUAAAAGCACUUUAAAUGAGUCAUAGUACAUCUUUAACCAUUGUAAUAGGUGCCCAUUCAUACAUGUCAGCCCUUAUAUUGUGUCAAAAAGAUCUAGUAAAAAUUAUUUUAUAGUUUUAAACUGCAGAAAUCAUAUAUACUGCUGUUACAUGGGGAAAAAAACUGGAUAAAUAUAAAUUCAGGAUUAAAUCUCUUAUUGUUAGUUGAUCUAUAUGGUGGGUCAGUGUGGGGCCUGAUUGCAGAUUUGUAUAUCCUGAUGUAAUAAAGACUUAC